UAAAACACUACGAAAUGGCAACUCGGCCGUCUCACUUUGAGGAGAACCUUCUGUGCCCUGUUUGCCGUGACAUCUUCAGAGAUCCCGUUCUCCUGCUGUGUUCUCAUAGCUUUUGCUGGGCCUGUUUGGAUCAGUACUGGGAGCUCAGCGGCUCACAGAUAUGCCCUGUAUGCCGGACAGACUUCUGCAUGGACCGUCCUCCAUGCAACCGUGCUUUGAAGAACCUGUGUGAGAUCUUCCUGCAGGAGAGAAGCAAGACUGCGUCAGCGGAGCCCGAGUUAUUCUGCAGUGCGCAUGGAGAGAAACUUCAGCUCUUCUGUGUGGAGGACCAGCAUCUCGUGUGCAGCGUGUGUGUGACAGACGACAUGCAUGUUAAACACACAUUCAGACCUGUGGAUGAAGCUGCAGUGGCUCUCAAGGAGGUGUUCAAAACAAGCCUGAAGCCUUUGCAAGAGAAGCACAAACUCUUAAAAUUAGAAAAAUUCAUCUGUAAUCAACGAGUGAAACACAUCAAGAAUCAAGCUGAGCAAACAGAGGCACAUAUUAAGAAGGAGUUUGAGCAGCUUCGUCAGUUUUUGCGUGAUGAAGAGGCGGCCAGGAAAACCGCUCUGAAGGAGGAAGAGGAGCAGAAGAGGAAGCUGUUAGAGGAGCAGAUGAUAAGAAUUAACAGUGAACUCUCAUCUCUGGUAGAAAGAAUUAGGAUCACUGAGGAAGAGAUAGAGACCGACAACAUCUCAUUCCUGCUGAAGUACAAAGGCCCACCUGAAAGCUCUCAGUGCACCAGUCCCUGUCCAGAGAAGCUCCCAGAAGUGCUGAUCAAUGUGGCAAAGCACCUGGGAAAUCUGAAGUUCAGCGUAUGGCAGAAAAUGAAGUCUGCUGCUCAAUACAUUCCUGUUGUCCUCGACCCCAACACCGCUCACCCAUGCCUGCAUCUAUCUGACAAUCUGAGCGAUGUGAGGUUUGGUCAGUGGAGUCGACAAGCCUGGGGUUACUCAGACAAACGUGAGGGCUAUACGAGCGUCCUGGGCUCUGAGGGCUUCAGCUCUGGGACUCACUACUACUGGGACGUCGAGGUCGGUGACAACACCACCUGGGCCUUAGGAGUGAUUUCAGAGUCUGCCAUACGGACUCGAGACAAUCUGCCCAGUUCUGGUCUGUGGCGCCUCGGCUUUCACAAUGGAGCAUACGGACAAGGCCUUUCAGGGGAGUUUCUCACGCCGCUCGCCGUGAAACAGAAGGUCCAGCGCGUCAGAGUCCAGCUGGACUGGGACGGAGGGCGAGUGUCGUUCUUCAAUCCUCUCACCGACACGCAUCUCCACACCUUCACGCACGCUUUUAGCGAGAAAGUGUUUCCGUACUUCUGUAACGUGUGUUCGUCUCAAGCUCUGCGCAUCUUGCCGGUGGAAAUGGCUCCAGCAGGACUGGAGGCACAGAGAUUUUCUGCAUUAACCAACAAAAUAGAGAAGUAA